GCUGCCUCUUUGAGUCUUGCCUUCCUCAACCACCUGUCUUUCACUACUCAGGACCGAUAUACCUCCGGACAAGAUGGGCUUGUCACUCAAGAAGCCUGAAGGUGUGCCGGGCAAGUCAUGGCCCGCCAUUGUCAUUGGCUUGUUUGUCGCCUUUGGUGGUGUACUCUUUGGGUAUGACACUGGCACUAUUGGCGGUAUCCUUGCUAUGCCCUAUUGGCAAGAUUUGUUUUCGACAGGUUACAGAAACCCAGAGCAUCACUUGGACGUUACCGCGUCGCAAUCUGCCACUAUCGUCUCCAUUCUGUCCGCUGGAACCUUCUUUGGCGCUCUUGGUGCCGCUCCCCUUGCCGACUGGGCUGGACGGCGCUUGGGCCUUAUUCUGUCGUCGUUUGUGUUUAUUUUCGGUGUUAUCCUACAGACCGCGGCCGUCAGCAUUCCUCUUUUUCUGGCUGGCCGAUUCUUUGCUGGAUUGGGAGUUGGUCUCAUAUCGGCAACCAUCCCCCUCUAUCAAUCCGAGACUGCCCCAAAAUGGAUUCGUGGUGUCAUCGUCGGGUCCUAUCAGCUAGCCAUUACCAUCGGUCUUCUUCUUGCCUCCAUUGUCAACAAUGCCACGCAUAACCUGCAGAACACCGGCUGCUAUCGCAUCCCCAUAGCUGUUCAAUUUGCAUGGGCGAUUAUCCUGAUCGUUGGCAUGAUCAUUCUUCCCGAAACUCCACGCUUUCAUAUCAAGAGAGACAAUCUCCCAGCCGCCACUAAGUCUCUAGCUAUCCUCCGCCGUCUGGAGCAGAACCAUCCAGCGAUCAUCGAAGAGCUUUCCGAGAUCCAAGCAAAUCAUGAAUUUGAGAAGAGCCUCGGGAAGGCGACCUACUUAGACUGCCUCAAGGGAAAUCUACUCAAGCGGCUGCUUACUGGCUGUUUUCUCCAGAGUCUGCAGCAGUUGACUGGCAUCAACUUUAUCUUCUACUACGGCACACAAUUUUUCAAGAACUCCGGAUUCUCAGACUCGUUUCUGAUAUCCUUGAUCACUAAUCUUGUCAAUGUCGUGUCGACCCUUCCCGGACUCUACGCCAUCGACAAAUGGGGUCGGAGGCCUGUUUUGCUCUGGGGAGCUGUUGGGAUGUGUGUCUGCCAGUUCAUCGUUGCUAUUCUUGGGACAACAACGACAAGUCAAGAUGCAAGCGGAAUGAUCAUUGUGCAUAAUCUCGCCGCACAGAAAGCAGCUAUUGCAUUUAUUUGCUUCUACAUCUUUUUCUUCGCUGCUUCUUGGGGUCCAGUUGCCUGGGUCGUUACAGGCGAGAUCUUCCCCCUUAAAGUCCGCGCCAAGUCGCUCUCCAUAACUACAGCGUCGAAUUGGCUGCUCAACUGGGCCAUUGCUUACAGCACACCUUACCUUGUCAACUACGGCCCUGGCAAUGCGAACCUUCAGUCCAAGAUCUUCUUCGUCUGGGGCGGAUGCUGCUUCAUCUGCAUCGCAUUCGUUUACUUCAUGAUCUAUGAGACAAAAGGUCUCACACUGGAGCAGGUUGACGAGCUAUAUGAAGAGGUGUCGGAUGCCAGGAAGAGUAUUGGUUGGGUGCCGACUAUCACUUUCCGGGAGAUCCGGGAGGAAAAGAAGGUAAGGGAUCCAGUUGUUGAUAUCACUGAAGAGGCAGCUUGAGAUAAUUUGGAUCUGUGUAUAGGGUUUCAGAGAGCUGCUGGCGGAAAAGGAUAUAGUGAUACUGUACAAUGUAUCUCGUCAUGAAGAAAUAGCUAUAGGACUAGUAGCGGGAACCUUGGGCCUGCCCCGGGCCAAGACGCUACCGAACGUGUAUAGUAGACUAGGACGGGUACAAUUUAUAGAGAAGAAGACUAUAGAACAUAUACGUGGCGGCUGCUCUUAAGUAUAUAUU